CACUCCUGAAAAUUUGCAAUUUGAUUCUCCAUCAUCCCACCGUGGCAAACUCCUCCUGGUGUCCUUCGAUGGCUUUCGGUACCAGGAGGUGGACACCCCCAACCUCGAUGCUAUGGCUGCGGAGGGGGUGAAGGCGUGGUACAUGACUCCCAUCUUCAUCACCAUCCCCAGCCCGUGCCACUUCACGCUGCUGACCGGGAGGUACCUGGAGAACCACGGGGUGGUUCCCAACAUGUGGUUCAACACCAGCACGGGUCAGAAGCUGCCCUACCACAGCACGCAAGGCGAGGACGGCUGGUGGGACAACGGCAGCCUAGCCAGCCCAGCGCCCAGCGCAGUGGCCUCAGCCGGUUCCUUAGGGAGCACGACGAGCCCGGGGGUUUCAUACCCUCCGAGGCAUGGACUAUUGCUACCAAAAGAAGGAACAUUAGAGCAUGUAUAUUCAGUCCUGAAAAAUGCCCACCCAAAGUUACAUGUGUACAAGAAAGAAGACUUUCCGAGGAGAUUCCACUACGCCAGCCAUUCCCAGAUCACCCCGCUCGUGCUGUACAGAGAUCCAGGACAUGUGAUCCAUGGGAUACAGGUGCAGUUCAACCGGGGGGAGCGCGGCUCCGACAGCGAGGCCAUGAGCACGAAAACCAUCUUCCGCGCCGCAGGACCGGCCUUCGCGCAGGGGGAGAUGCUC